CGCCAACAAUAGCGAAGGAGUGGGGACAAUCUGCAUUUUUUAAAGGAUUGUUUUCUAAGCAAACAAAUGAAGACUGAAGUACUUAUAUAUUAAUUUUUAAUAGUAGAAAAGUUUAAUUCUCUUUCAAUCGUGCUAUUGGAAAUCAAUCUCGUAUUUCAAUAUAUUUAAGUUUAUGUAGUGCAGUGUAUAAUACAUUCUGCGUGCGCAUUUAGUGCAAACCAGUGCAAACGAAAGUGUCCAUGAUACUUGUAAGACCAAGAUGUCAAAUCGAGUAAUUUUUGCUGUACUAAUUGGCAUUUGUGUAAGUUUAUGCGAAAUUAAAGCUUAUGCCAAUGAAGAUGAAUACGAAGAUGGAGAUAGGAUUAAUUUGUUGGAUGUAGUUCAAAACUAUGCUAUAAAUUAUAAAGAGAAUCGCAGAGAAGUAGAUGAUUUUGAGAAUUGGACAGGACGUUGGAUGCCUGAUAGACCACAGGAUCCUGCACCACCACCAAAAGUUAUAUCUCAGAAAAAUGAAACAUCUGGAAGUAAUAGUGAAACUCAUAUGUCUCAUACAGUUCCAAUGGGUUUUAACAUUAGCGAUUGUGAUGAUGGAAAGACUAACUUGACAGUUGAUUGGGACAAUUCAGAAGUAAAUUAUACUUGUUAUGGACAAAAAAUUGUACCUUCCUAUCAGAUUGAGCCCCUGAUAUACUGUGAAAAAAUUCCAAAAGCAUAUAAGGCUGCUCACAUAUGUAUGCAUAAAAAAAUCAAAUACGUUGACGACAUACCCUUGUAUGGUAGUCACAGACCUGUAUGGCCAGUGUACGGAGAGUACAAAUUUGUGCCACCUCAAAGAUGGGUUCAUAGCUUGGAGCAUGGUGCAGUAGUCAUGUUAUACCAUCCAUGCGCCAAUCCAUAUGAAGUAAAAAUUCUGAAAACUCUAGUUAAGAAUUGUCUUCGAAGAUAUAUAGUUACUCCGUACAAUCUGUUGGAUGAGGAUCGCCCUCUAGCACUGCUCACGUGGGGAUGCCGUCUAACAAUGUCCUAUGUAAAUCCAGCUGUUGUGCGAAAGUUUAUAAAGAAGAAAGCUUUGCACGGACCUGAACGUAUAUCUGCUAAUGGUGGUUUCUCUGAAGGUCUUCUGCGAAAAUCUGCUAUAGUUACGGAUCGCAACGACACUAUACUGUGUCCAAACGCAUAAAGACGAUCAAUGUAAUAAUGCACGCAACUUACCCCAUUAUGAAUCUUCAUUAACGUACAAUACUGCGCUAUCCGAUUUUGUGUUUGUAUGUUUCUAUUUUAAAUUAUUACUUUAAUGUUCGCAGCAGAGAUGUUCUAUUUUCCUACCAUUAAUGUUCCUAAUUUAAUUAAAAGAAUCUUAAAAAUGCAAUGUGUGAAAAAUACAGUAAUAAAGUAAUUGUGUAUGCUUAAACCGUGACUAUUAUAAGCAUAUCAUGCCCUCUUUGCCCGCCCAAGUACUCAAUAAAUUGAACAUCUACUGUUGGAUAAAAAUCAUAAAUCGUUCGCGUGGAAGAUAUUUAUAAGUUUACUUCCAAUUUCAAAAUGUACAUUUUACAGUAGUAUCUUUAAAAUGAAUUAUUUUAUCAUUAAUUAAUGUAAUGGCUUCACCAUGGGACAUCGCCGCUCUUUAUAUUUCCAAGGGUGGAAAGUAGUGUCAUUCUCUUAUGCUUGACUAAUUCAAGCGCUAAAUACAAGAGGUGUUACGAUUCUUUAUUGUCUACGUUGCGCUAAAGCCAGGGUUAAUGUCGAAUAAGUGUCAUGUAUUUACAAGAGAUUUUUAAUGCGGCUUUGCAUAUUCAUUAUCGCUCGAUCGGACGUAAUUUAGCAUUCAAUUCGUAUCGAAUAAAUCGUAUCGAGGGAGAUCGACGAAUGCGUAUAUUGUCCAUCGAGUUAUAUUGUAAAUUCAAAUAAAUAUGAAAAACCUUAACGAAUUGAAGCUAAAGAGGAAUAUUAGGUCUUAGCAGAGUCUACGGUCCCAUGGGAAAGAUGUGAUCAUACCUGGGUGCAUUUAAUAAUAGAAGAUAUAUAUAUAUAUAUAUACAUAUAUGUUAUAUGUAAUAUUUAAAUAUAUAUAUACAUAUAUA